GCAGUAAGAGGAGGAGGAAGAGAAGGAGGAGGAGGAAGCCCCGGCCGCCCUCUCUCCCCGCCCUCCCGCUGCCGCCAGCGCCGUCCCCCGGCGAGGCGCGGGGAGCCUCGGCCAUGUGUGAGGAAGGAGCCGCCAAGCUGCGCCUGAAGCCCCGGACGGCGCCGUCCGCCCGCGGCCGGGAGCGCAGCCCUGGCCCCCAGUCCCCGCCGCGGCCCCAGGCAUCGACUGACAGAUGUUCCUGGUUUGAAAAGGAAGAAUUAAAUGAGUGUGAAAAAACCUGGCUUUUGCUGCUGAAAGACAUCAGUCAAGAUUCACAGUGCCCAAACUGGGACACAGUGCCCAGCUUUCCAGAGUUCUUGGAAAAGAAACAACAGGAAAAGAGUCCAGAACACCAGGAGGUCUUUACAGUUGGAACAAAAGACUUUCAGUGGGUAUCAUUCCCAUCUUUUCACAAAGAAAAAUGUCUGAACCCCAAGGAUCUGAGCUCCCAGCAGCCAACACCGAGCCAGAGCAAUGAAUUUCAUAAAGGACAGGGCCAAGCAGAUAAACUGAAGAGUUUAUCAUCCACAGCUGAGAAAACCUGCAGGGGAACCAGUACAGAGCAAGCCAAAACUGCAUCUGGAGCAGACACAAAAGGUGUUGCAGAGCUGGAUGUGAGUCCCAAGCCUUGGGACCUCCCUGGGCACAGCAGCUCAGCACUGGCACGAAGCCCUGCAGAGGCUCUGGGCCCUCAGCAGCUCCACACAGGGACUGUACAGAGCAGCAGGGCAGACAGGAGAGAAAAGGGUGAGGAAAAGCCUCGAAUCCAAACACAUCAGGGGGAGCUUCCAGUGGGAGAGGCCACGGGGCUGCCUGCAGAGAAGCCUCAGCUGGGGAGCACUCCUGGGGCUGAGAGCCACGAGGAGAAGGUGGAAAACCAGAGUGAAGCAGCUUCAGCUCUUGACAGUUGUCCGAUGUGUCUGAUGCAGUUUAGUGGAAGACUCUCCCAGCUGGACAUCGAUGGGCACCUGGCCAGGUGCUUGUCUGAAAGUGCAGAUGAUGUCAUGUGGUAAAUCCAGAGGAGGGGAGAGCACAGGAACCAGGCCAAGGAUGAAGCUUCCUCAGAGGAAAAGGAAAAAUGUGUCAAGGAAACACAUCCUUGUCUCUGACUUAAAGCAGCAACGCAACAGAAGGAUAAGUGGCACCUGCCUGUUUGGUUUUGUUUUAUUUUAAAGCCUCUCAAAUGCAUGUAAAGUAAUUCCAGUUCUGAAAAUGGUGCUCUGGGAUGUCCCAGAGACCCCCAGGGAAAUCAGGCUUGGUACUCCUGAAGAAAUGCACUACUGGAAAUCCCUCAAGCUUUGUCUGGUGCAGAGUUCUGAAUCUCUCAGGACAGAAGAAAGCAGCUGAACAAAAGACAACUGUUACUUACCCUAUUACUUUUUUUUUUUUUCCUAAACAGAUAGUCUAUGAAAAUAAACUCAGUUAAAAAGUACUUUGAUUUGGCUUUCUUUGUUUUAAUACCAAAGUAUAAUUGUACAAUUGAUCCUGGGAGUGUAGCUAUUUAACAGAAAACACAGCCCAGACCAAGUAAAGGGUGUGGGGGUUUUAUGUUUCUGAA